AUGCUGCCCACGUCCCAGCCAGCGGCGAAGCGCCGGCGCUUGGAGAGCGCCAUGGCGCGCUACAGUGAGAACAGCAUUGCCCAGAUACAAAACAUAGCAGACGGCAAAGACAUAAAAGACCAAAGAAGCGGAUGGCAGAAGCGCGCCUUCGCUAUCGCGCUGUCACCUGUGAGGCAUUGCUUCCAUGCGCUCGAGGCGCCAAACAAGGACGGUUUGGAGCAACCUGUGCGCUUUGCAGUGGCACGGAUGGAUCCGCUUCUCAAGUACAUUGCCGGCAAGUGCCCAGACUUUCGGGCAGACUUGGAGCAGGCGCCUUCGCCUAUCCAAGUCGUCCUCAGCUGGGAUGAAACCACCGCAGGCAAUGUGCUGGCGACCCAGGCCCGCAUGAAAGCAACGAUCUUCUAUAUCACCUUCAAACAUUGGCAGAAAAUACAUGAGUCCCCCGAUGCGUGGAUCCCAGUGGCAGCGAUCAGCCACGAGCAGGCUGAGCAAGUCGCUGGCGGAAUGAGCAGGGUGCACCAGUUGUUUGUGGAAAACUUUGUGGAACAACGAUUAGAUCAAGGUGCAUGGAUUACACCCACCACCAAAAUAUCUCUGGAACUUGCUCUCUUUGUGGCAGACCAAGAUGCGCAAAGGGCCGCGCUGGCAGCAAAAGGUUCUGCUGGUUUGAAAUGUUGCGCCUUUUGCCAAAAUUGCUUGGCCAAAAAUGCCGCCGGCGCAGCUGUGGACGCCCAACGUUUUCGCACCACAGCCCAUGCAGAUAUAGAGUGGUUCACUCCCAACACGCAAAUGCAACUCCAGGGAUACAUCAGGAAGGCCUUAGACCGCUGGUCCGACAUGACAUGUAAGGACAAAGACCUGGUAGAGAAAUGCCUGGGUUUUCGGAUCACGCGCGACAGUAUGUGGGUCUCAGAUGUUUGCUGCUCGGCGCUGCCGUUGCAACGCUACAUGAAUGACGCAAUGCAUUGCUACUAUGCCAAUGGUGUGGCAGUGCUCCAAGCAGGCUGGAAACGAAGUGGUCAAUCGUUGCGUGAAGGACAGAACAAAUGGUGGUGUGGCCGUCUCUUUGUUCCGGCUUUUUUUGUGGGUUCCACUUACAAGGGAACGGCGAAGCAAACCAUGGCUUUGCUGCCUCUGCUCCUAUGGUUGGCAGAAAGUGUCUGGAGCAAAAUUGCUGCUCUGCGGCCUAUGGUGGACUCUUUCAUCAAGCUUGGCAAAUGCGUCCAGUGUCUCCGCAGCAUUGCGGAAAGCCGCAAUUGGAAGGAGUUGCAAAAGCUGCAAGAGGCGCAUCAGCAAGCGUUCGCGCGCUGCUGGCCCGAAGAAGUUAGACCGAAGCACCACCACCGCUUGCAUCUGCCCCGGCAAUACGCGGCGGAAAAGUUUGUCGGCUCAUGUUGGGGAACGGAGUCGAAGCAUCGCUUCUACAAAAGCUGCUAUGCAAAAAACUUGCAGCAAUUCCUCACUGCCAAAGAUGGCGGCUUGGAAUUUAGCGACAGAUUAAUGCCACGGCUGCUUCUCAGACACACAGAACUCAUUCGGGCAAAAGUCUUCGCGCCAACGCGCUUUGUCCUUGAGAACUUGUUCGACCCUGCAGACGUCAAUCAAUUCGCAGCCGGAUUGGAAGCCUGUCGCGUUGCAGCUCGCUGCCGCACGGGUUUGCUGCAGCUGCAAGAAGGCGAUCUCUUGCUGCAUGGCACAGACGCCACGGAAGCCGGGUAUUGUCACUGCUUCAUCGACCACAAAGGUGAGUUGUAUGUUUAUGCAACUCUCUGCUCGCUCGUGCUGCACACUGCGGCACUGAGAAACUUCGAGCGCACCACAACCAAGCAGAUGCUGAAGUGGAACAAUUUGCUCACGCCUGCCGUGUGCAGCUGGUGGCGCCCAAGCCAUCCAAAUUACGUUUUCUGCAUGCCUUGA